CAUCCUGACCCUGCUUUCUCUCUCCUCUCUGUCUCUUUCGUUUCCAGCCAGGAUAACGGAGGUGGACGAGCUUGGAGUGCUAUUGUUGUUAUUUUUUUAUUAUUAAUAUUAUUUAUUCCUCGUUUUUCGGGAGACCCGUCACCGGGCAUGGAGGAUGUAAAAGACCCGCCGACCGUGCACCGGUCCUCCUCCUUCAGUAUCAAGAGCCUCCUGCUGCCCUCCAAGUGCGACAGACCGAACCCCGUAGCCGCUGCAGUGGUGGGAAUCCCCGGGACCUUCUCUCCCUCUCCGGGCUCCGAAUCUGACAAGUCUCUGGAGGAGGUGGACUCUAAGUCUCUGGACCCCCUGGAGGUGGCUUUGGACCCCGAGAAGCCGGACAAGCAGGAGGACCAGGAGGAGGACGGUGGAGGAGGCGCCAAGACCACACCGAACACUAACGGUAAUAGUACCGCGAAAAACGGGAAAUAUGACAAGCCUCCGUUCAGCUACAACGCCCUGAUCAUGAUGGCCAUCCGGCAGAGCCCCGAGAAGCGGCUCACGCUGAACGGCAUCUACGAGUUCAUCAUGAAGAACUUCCCGUACUACCGGGAGCACAAGCAGGGCUGGCAGAACUCCAUCCGUCACAACCUGAGUCUCAAUAAGUGCUUCGUGAAGGUGCCCAGGCACUACGACGACCCGGGGAAGGGGAACUACUGGAUGCUGGACCCGAGCAGCGAUGACGUUUUCAUCGGAGGGACAACCGGGAAGCUCCGCCGGCGCUCCGCCACCUCCAGGGGGAAACUGGCGAUGAAACGCGGGCUGCGCUUCGCUCCUCUCGGCUUGGGGAUUAACGAGCGGGCAAACAACCCGCUGUACUGGCAGAUCUCUCCGUUUCUCUCCCUGCACCAUCACCACCACCACCACCCGCACUACAACGGAUCCUCACCCGGGUUUUUGAACCAGGCGGGCGGGUACGGGUCGCUGCUGCCCGCCGUGGAGCAGCUGGGUAACGGGGACCUGGGGCGCUCCAUCCUGGGGAACAGUUACGGGAUGAGCACUUCUCCGGUGGGGCUGCUCUCCGGACAGACUGCCGGGUACUUUGUCUCAGGGACCGGACACUCAGGGCAGCCCGGAGGAGGACCGCCGCCCCCGCCGCACCUCCAGCAGGGGUACGGCGGCCUGACGAGCAGCAGCUCCCCGCAGCACCUGCUCUCGGACUCCCUGAGAAACAGCUCCUUCUCCCCGGGCGUUUCCGCGGGGUUCCCCGGGGUGCUGUCCCAUCAAAAGAGGGUGACCCCUAACGCUUUCCUAAACUGAUCUCCCCCCCUCCCCCUGGGACGAGGACGCACAAAAUAUGUUAAGGGCAUAAUAAUAAGUGGUAAAUAUCAAACAAUGAUCGCAACAAAUAUAUAUGAAGUGUUUUUUUGGCCAUAUUUUGCCCCGAAGAGCAUCGGGUUUAUUUUGAUGAUUUUAUUUUCUUGUUUGAAAAAAGGGACAAACUUUUGUUACCCGCGGGUUGUACAACUGUAAACUAGACUUGCCAAAGGUAACGCUUUAAGAACAAUUCAAGCUAUUUAUAUCUUGUACAAAGAUUUUCAGUACUUUCUUUGAGUCUUUUAUUUAUGUUUUGUAUUUAUUGUACAAUGUAUUUAAAUUCUAUUCGUCAGUGUAUACUUAUCAGUAUUAAGGAUUAUGGGAUGGGGAGGCGGGUGAAAUAAGACAUACAGGGUUAAUAAUAAUUAUUUAUGAAUUUUGAGACAAUCAAGGAGAAACACAGACAAUCAAAACGUUUUUCUUUUCUCUUUUUAUGAGAGGAAAAACGUUUGAAUAUAGGUAAAUAAUGAGUAAAUAAAGCCUUAAAUCAGCAGAAACAAUCAGGGGUUUCGAGAGGAAAAAAUAAGCCUACAAUCAUAUCUCUACUCAGGUUAACCCCGGACAGGCCUAACAAUAAUAAUAAUCACAAUACAAACAAUAACACUGCUCUCUGUGAAGAGUUUCCUUCCAAAAUAAUGAUAUCCAGAAUAAUAUUCCCAACAUGGCAGAGCCGUAGUAAAGCUAUAAAUAUCCUGACUGCUGCCUUCAGUGCUAAAAAUUGCAUUUUGACUUCCCCUUUAAAUAAAUGGAUAUAAAUGUUUUUGGAAUAGAACUCUUCAUGUACAAUAUUAUGCAAAACAAUGCAGCUGUAACACAAGUUUAUAUAUGUUGUAUGUUAUUAUAAAAGCCCAGAUUGUCCUAAUAACUUCAGUUCAGUGUGUGUGUGUGUGUGUGUGUGUGUGUGUGUG